CGUAAGCCGCGGGCAGCAAACAUGAUCGAAGCGAUCGUACUCAUUUGGUACGCCACAACGACGGUCGGCGCGACGAACACGCUCGCGUACUGGCUCGUCACAUCACUAUUUGCGUGGAUUUUGAUGGGCCUCUUCACGCGCGGCCGCAACGAGGACCUCGAGGAGCUGCUGCGGAACGGAAAGGAAGAAGAAAAGGUCGAGUGCUGCGCGCCCUUCCAGGACCCGGCGGCCCUGGCCGCGGCGCAGCGGCCUUCCGUGAGGCGGUCGAGAAGCGGCCACCGCCUCGAGAUGUGCGCCGAAUUACCAAGAAGCGUGAACCCCUGGGUGAACGCGACGUGGCGCGUCACGAGCGCCGAGCGCCUGAAGAUGGCUCUAUUAGCCCCGUGGCUGCUCCCGGCCCGCGUCGCGUUUUUGGUGAUAGCGGCGAGCGGCGCGUCGUUCUUCGCGACGAUCGCUACAAUAGGCUGGGGCGCGCGGGCGCCGUCGGGUGAGUCGCUCCCGCUCACGACGCCGCCGGACGACGCCCGGUUGCCGCGCUGGCGGCGGGUCCUAGGCUUGCCUGUUUUACUGUUCGUGCGCCUCGCUCUGCUGGCUCUAGGCUUCUGGCGCGUCGAGGUGAGAGGGCGAGAAAAACUGGACGCAAACGCGAGGGUGCUCGUCUGCAACCACCUCAGCAUGGUCGAACCCCUCGUACUGCUCAUAGAGACGCGGUGCACGCCCGUCACCGCGUCGGCUUUCGCCAAAUUACCGGCGCUGGGCGCUGUUGGAAGGUUACACCAGUUGAUUUGGCUCGAAAGGGGCGACCCGGCGUCUCGUUCAAGAGUCGUCGACGCGAUUCAUCGACGCACAAGGCCCCAAGCUACCGAGUGGCCGCCUGUGUUAGUAUUCCCUGAAGGGACGACGUUAAACGGUAGGGCCUUGAUCUCGUUCAAGCCCGGGGCCUUCGCGCCUCAAGCUAAAGUGCAGCCGGCGGUCGCGCGGUUCCCCUUUGCGGUCAGAUGCGGUAUGGGAUUGGAUCCGUCCUGGUGCACCGCGGGCCCGCAGUUCGGCGAACUCUCACUCAGAAUGAUGCUGCAGCCCUGGAACCGGGUUCGCAUCGACUUUUUGGAUCCUAUUGAACCAUUGGAGGAGUCGACGGCCGCAUUUGGUGGGAGGGUGCGCCGGGCGAUGGCCGAUUCACUGGGCGUGCCGGUCACGGACCACUCCUGGGCGGACAUGUGGCUGAACAUGACGGCGCGGUGAUUAGCUGUGUGGAAAUCAUAUUUCAGGCGCCCCACGCCAUCGCCGCGACGUCGUUCUAACCUGAGUCACUGGUUGAUUUCCGCACAGGCAAUUGGGCCUGCCGCCGCACAAGACGCUCGUGCAGCUCAAAGCUUUACAGAAGGCCCUGCCCGAGACGCCCGUCGAGCGGCUGCGCGCGGCGGACGCCCUCAAGAGGUUCGCAAGGGCUGAUCAACAAAAACACGGCAAGUUGUCCGUGGUGCAGUUCCGGGCCGCGCUGCGCGGCAACGUCGUCGAGCAGCAGGAGGACCUGCGCCUCGACGAUAGUACCUUGGACGCGUUGUUUGCGAAGCUCGGGGGCGGCUCGGACGACAUCGACUUCUUCUCGUUCUUAGUCGGCUUCGCCGUGCUCGACGCGCUGCACUCGUGCGAGGACGGUGCACUAGACCUGGUGUUUAGUUUACUGGACGCGGACGGCGUCGGGAAGGUUCCUAGGAGCCGCGUCGACGUCGCUUUGCAGCUGCGGCCGGACGACGCUUCCAUUAGAGACGACGCGUUCAUCUCCGUGGACGCGCUCGAGGAGGUCGACGAGGACCCGCUGCUCGACGGGGACGCCUUCCGGGCCCACGUCCGUGCGAACCGCGAGCGGCUCUCGCGCACGUGGAGUGUUGUGUCAUAGUGUUUUUAUGUC